GAGCAGUCAGAGAGUCUAAGCAGCUGACGGAGACAACCAGCUGAGCGGUGUUGGUGCUGCAAUAAUAGCAAAUAGGCCGGCUUCCUCUUCUUAAUGUUCCUAGAAAUAGUAAUGUCAAGUGGAUUUCAGUCUGGAAACCAACCAACCAGCCUAAAUUUCAACAACUAGGCUACCACAUGCAAGACCAUGGACAGACUGACUUUAAGAACUGGGAGAAGAGGACCUAAUAAUGGUAAUAAUACUGGCCAAAAUGAGAAUGGCAGAGGGAGGAGGCAAGGAGGUGCACCGGGAGACAGGGCGAGAGAACAAGAGGGCAGAAGAAGAGCAGAGCAAGAAAGAGAGGAGGCAGUCGGAGGAGUAGAGGUGCAUGGGAGAGGCAGAGGAAGAGGAGGCAGAGCAGAGGUGGGCAGAGGAGGAGCAAGAGGGGCAGGACGAAGAGGCAGGGAGGGAACAGGUGGAGGAGGAGGAGAAGGGGUGCAAUGGAGAGGCAGAGGAGGAGGAGCUGCAGAUGCAGUGAGAGGGGACGAAAGAGAUGCAGGAAGAGGUGGUAGACAGAGAGGAGGAGGGAGAGGGAGGGGUGGUUUUAGAGGGGAAGGUGCAGAGAGACAGAGAGAUGGAGUAGGAAGAAAUGGAGGGCCAGGUGCAAAUGAAAGAGAGGAAGCAAGAAGGGGGAUGGCCGAAAUUGGUGUACGUAGAGGAGGACAUAGUGUGGAUAGAAGGGGAGGUCGAGGGGGUGAGAGAAGAGAUGGACAAGCGUGGAAUGGAGGAAGAUCAAAUUCUACAGGCAGAGCUGAGGGACCACAGGGCCGUCGCCUUGGCUAUAAAAUGCUAGAAGAACUCUCUGAAAAAGACCCGUCUGUGGUGGCCAUCACCCUCUCCUCUCAUCCUGGCCUACAAGAUGUCCUUCGUGAGGCAAAAAUGAGGCAGGACCUUGUCGAACUCCUCUGCUCAGUGCUGAGUAAAGCCUUCAAAUCACGGACAGACAGAGGAUUUCUGCAGCACCUGGCUAGCCUCAUAAAAGAUUCAGGGUUCUUUCGCACCAGCCUGCCCCACUAUCUGGUGGGCAUGGGGUCAGAGUUCAACCCUGUCCGCAGGGCACAGUAUCCUCAGCAUCUGGAAAACAUCGUGGCUAUUCUCUCAGAGGUGCUUAGCAACUUCCCUGCCAGCUCUGUUCGGGCAGUGACUUUGCUACUGACGCUGCUUCAAGCCUCCAUCAACAGCCUGAGGGCAUCAGGAGUGGACAUUCAGCCUAAAAUGGAAGAGUCUGUGGAGGGUCUUCAGGGCCUGGUCCAGCACCUCCAGGAAAGGUCCAGGGAGGGAACUCUGCGCUCUGACAGGGACACAUAUGCCCUCCUACCCACUGGUGGUGAUAACCCAGAUGAAGAAGAGCAGCAAGAUUUCAGGACCAUACCCAUCUACCCAACUCCAGAAGAGUUCCAGCAGGAGCACAGGCCUUUCCUUAGACCCAACCUCACCUCUCAGCGCUACGCAAACACUCACCUCUACCUUGACACACACUUCCGGCUGCUUAGAGAGGACUUUGUACGGCCCCUCCGCGAGGGGAUCCAGCAAUUGCUCUGGAACCAAAUGGACAUAGGAAGUAGCGAUAAAACUCUGAAGAUGAAGCGCUUUGAUGAUAUCCAUGUAUAUUUUGACACACAGCUGGUGGUACCCAAGUGCACGAACACCGGCCUUGCCUACAUCGUCCAGUUUGACAUUCAGCCACUUAAGUUUGUGCGCUGGCAGAAUUCCAAGAGGCUUCUCUACGGUUCCCUGGUCUGCCUUUCCUGUGAUAAUUUUGAGAGCUUCCUGUUUGCCACAGUGUCGGAUCGAGAUCCAGAAAAUCUGCAAAAGGGACAAGUCCAGAUUACCUUCACCGAAGAAAGCAGAUAUAAACUGGCCAGAAUUCAGAGAGAUCAAUCAUUCCUGAUGGUAGAGACUACAGCCUACUUUGAGGCCUAUCGGUAUGUCCUCGAGGGCCUACAGGAACAGGAGGAGGACGACCUGCCCUUCCAGAGGUACAUCGUGGAGUGCAACACAGAUGUGCAACCCCCAGCUUAUCUGCAAGGAGGAGAUGUGUAUGACCUGUCAUCUAUUGCUCACCCUGACCACAAGCACAGCGUGCAGCCCUUUCACAGCCUGGAAGCAGAGGCCUGGCCAAGUAUGGAGGAGCUGGAGCUGGAUGAGUCUCAGAUGAGAGCCUUACAGCUGGCCCUCACAAGUGAGCUGGCCAUUAUACAGGGACCGCCUGGCACUGGAAAAACCUACGUUGGCCUUAAGAUUGCUCAGGCUCUGUUGACCAAUCAGAGUCUCUGGAGAAAUGAAACUAACAAAGCUCCAAUACUGGUAGUGUGUUACACUAACCAUGCCCUGGAUCAGUUCCUUGAGGGUAUUCAUAAAUUUCUGGAAGACGGCAUAGUGAGAGUAGGAGGCCGCAGCAACAGUGAGAUCCUGAGGCGUUUCAAUCUAAGGGAGCUGACCCACUCACAUAACUUCAGACGUAUGCUGCCGUCUCACCUGCGUGCUGCAUAUAAUGAGGUUUACAGGCAGCUGUGUCAGGAGGAGAGGGAGAUCCAGAGUCACAGCGUGAAGCUGGAGUGUUCUCUGAAAGGAAUCAUGCGUGAAAGCAUCUUACAGAAGUUCAUUUCACUCAGACACUGGAACAGUCUGCACCUACCACCUGAUGCCGCUGAGAACUGGAAUGAGAAGUCCAGUCUGAUUAUGGAGUGGCUGGGUUUGGGUUCCACUGUCUUCCUGCAGAGGGAGACAGAGAAUGCAAAUGGAGAUGAAGAUGUAGCAGAGGAGGAAGCAAUGGACUUAGAAGAGGAGGACCUCAUUGACAUUGCAGAGGAGGCAGAUCUGAUCCAGGCAGAGCGGUUUAUUGAAGACAACAUUAAUUCCAGAGGUGGUAGAAAUGGAGGAAAGAGGAGAGACAUCAAGGAGGUUGUCAAAGAAGUGGAAGAACUGAUGCUGGCCAUGACCCUGGAUAAAGCUGAAAUACAGGCUGAGCAGAGUGAGGAAGGAUGGGAGAUGCAACGAAGUCAGAAGAAAAAGAUGAAGUACAAAAUCAGAAAAGAGCUGGGGAAGAGUUCAACUAUGACUGAAGAAGAAGCUGAUAACGUCUUUGAUGUGUGGACCCUGAGUCGGACAGACAGAUGGAGACUCUAUCGGUUGUGGGUGUCACAAUACAGGGUAGAGCUUCGCACCAGAGCCCUAGAGACUGAACAUGCGUAUCAGAACGCAGUGGAUAGACUGGCUGAUGUAAAACGACGUGAGAGCCUCUGUCUGCUUCAGAAAGCCACGGUUAUUGGCAUGACAACAACAGGAGCAGCCAAGUUCCGCACAGCUCUGCAGGAAGUGCGUCCACGCCUGGUGAUUGUAGAAGAGGCUGCAGAGGUUCUCGAGGCCCACACCAUCACCACGCUGAGCCAAGCAUGCCAGCACCUCAUCCUCAUCGGAGACCACCAACAGCUGCACCCCAGCGCCACAGUUUAUGAACUUGCUAAGAACUUCAACCUGGAGGUGUCCAUGUUCGAAAGGCUGGUGAAGGUGGGAGUCCCUUUUGUCAGGCUCAACUACCAGCAUCGUAUGAGGCCAGAAAUUGCCCGUCUUCUGACCCCACACAUCUACUCAGAGCUGGAAAACCAUCCCUCUGUGUUGGACUAUGACAACAUCAAGGGCCUCAAUACCAAUUUAUUCUUCGUGGAGCACAGCUACCCAGAAGAGGAGAUCAAAGAUGGGAGAAGCCAUCAGAACCGACACGAGGCCAUGUUUGUAGUCGCUCUCUGCCGCUAUCUUCUCUUUCAGGACUACAAACCAGAGCAGAUUACCAUCCUUACGACCUAUACCGGCCAGCUCCACUGCUUGCGCAGACUUAUGCCAGCCAGCCAGUUCUCAGGCGUCAAAGUGCAUGUAGUAGACAAGUACCAGGGAGAAGAGAAUGACAUUGUCUUGUUGUCUCUGGUCCGCAGCAACAUGCAGGGUAAGGUUGGCUUUUUGAGCAUCCCCAAUCGCGUCUGUGUGGCUUUGUCUCGAGCCAAGAAAGGUCUCUACUGUAUUUGCAACAGUGCAAUACUGGGACAAGUCAAACUGUGGAGCAACAUCUUCCACACUCUGAAGGAGAACAACCAGGCUGGGAAGGCUCUGAACCUGUGCUGUCAGAAUCAUCCAAAUCGACAGAUAAAAGCGUCUCAAGCAGAAGACUUCAAACACGCCCCAGAGGGGGGCUGCACUCAGCCUUGCCAGUUCCGUUUAGAUUGUGGCCAUGUUUGUGCAAGUGUCUGCCACCCCUACGACCCUGAGCACAAGAAGUACAAGUGUCGCAAGGAGUGCCAGAAGAUUUUAUGUGAUCAAGGACACAGGUGCACACUUAUGUGUCAUAAAGCAUGCCCAAAGAAAUGUCCAGUGAAGGUUGAGAAGAUCAUACCACAGUGUAAACACACACAGAUGGUUCCUUGCCACCAGGACCCGAAGACAUUUGUAUGCCAGGAGCCUUGCCAGAAAAUGCUCUGCUGUGGACAUCCAUGUGAUUCGGCCUGCGGGGAACUAUGCACUAGUAAGUGCAAGGUGUUGGUCACCUUAAAGCUAAAGUGCGGCCACAGCCAGCAGAAUGCUUGCUUUUAUAAAACACAGAUAAAGGAGCCUGAAUGUAGGACCCCAUGUGGGCAUCAGCUAAAAUGUGGCCACACUUGCCGUGGUAACUGUGGGAGGUGUUAUCAGGGACGCUUCCAUUUGCCAUGUUUUCACCCAUGUGAGCGUACCCUGAUUUGCUCUCACAAGUGCAGGGAGCCUUGCACUCGUGAUUGCCCCCCCUGUCAGAGACCAUGUGAGAACUGCUGCGUCCACAGUCAAUGUAUGAGGCCAUGUGGGCAGCCCUGUGUUCCAUGCAUUGAGCCGUGUGCCUGGCAGUGCCCUCACCAAAGAUGCAGUAAGCUUUGCCAUGAGCCAUGCGAUCGUCCACCAUGCACCCGACCCUGUGAUAAGGUCCUGGAUUGCGGCCACCCGUGCAUAGGUCUGUGUGGAGACAAAUGUCCAAGCAAAUGUCGCAUCUGUGAUCACAGUGAGGUCACAGAGAUUUUCUUCGGAACUGAGGAUGACCCUGAGGCUAACUUCAUUCAGCUAGAGGACUGUGGACACAUCAUUGAAUGCACAGCCAUGGACAAGUACAUGGGGAUGGAUGACAAUCAGCAAUCAAAUGAAGAAGAGGUGGCCAUAAGACUAAAAGAAUGCCCCAAGUGCAAAACACCUAUCCGGAAGAAUCUGCGGUAUGGAUCUCACAUCAACCGCAGUCUGGCCGAGAUAGAGAUGGUAAAGGUGAAGAUAAAUGGAAAUCAGGCAGAUAUUAAAGAGCACAGGAAUGCUCUUCAACAACAGUGGACGGAAAACCUUGACAUCCAUGAAAUGCAUAAGCAAAGGGAAUAUAUGGCCAUCAAAGACAAGCUAGGAGAGCGCUUUCUCACAGCAAAUGACCUGUGGAUCCUGGAAAACAAGAUGAAUUUCCUAAUAAGAGUUGCAAAGCUUCAAAAGAUUGAGAGGGAAAACAUGUCAUUCAUGCACAGUUACAGGUUUAAGAAGAGUGUUGCAGAGUUUGUGUGCUGGCUCAAUGACUACCAGCAAAAAUUCACAGACCAACAGGUCUUUGAUUUGCAGAGACAGUUUCGGAGGCUCACCUUCCUCACUGAACUCAUCGUCCAUUGUCAUAAGGCAGACAAGAAUGGACAAAGCAAUAAAGUUCAAUCUGAGGUACAAUCCAUAAACGAAGUUUUGGAAAAGUCUGGCCAAUUCACUGAGCAAGAUGAACAAAGAGUGAAAGAAACCAUGAAGGAGCUGAACAAAAAGGUUCCACUCACAGGCUUGGGGAUCAGUGAGGAGGAGCGAAAGAUGAUCGUCUCAGCUAUAAAAAUGCCUCAAGGACACUGGCACAAAUGUCCUAAUGGCCAUGUCUAUGUAAUAACAGAGUGUGGAGGGGCUAUGGAAAGACGAAAGUGCCCUGAUUGUGAUGCUACUAUUGGUGGGAGCCAGCACAGACUAGAAAGUGGCAACCAAGUCGCCUCAGAGAUGGAUGGGGCACAGCAUCCUGCUUGGUCUGAAGCUAACAACCUUCUGAAUUUUGAUCAGUUUGACUUCUGAAAGCCACAUUGGAGAAGUCUGUGGCUGUGUAGUUUCAACCCCAACUGUUGGUUGCAAAACCCAUGAGAGGCAACCAGUUAUGGUUUUACUGUAAUAACCACUUUAAUACAUGCUGGACAUUGUAAAUAAAAGGAGACAGUGUAGCUGUCUAUUUCACUUUGAGGCAAUCAAGUCUCCUGAGAGACAGAUGGACAGAGUAUUCUGUUUGAGACGAGAAUCUUCUUGCAUGAAAUUGACUUUUCAAUGUAAAAGCAAUACUAGUACUUUUUAUUACUUUUUAUCUGCAAAUAUCCAAUUUACUUUCUAUCAUGAAUUUAUGUCACACUGUUGUAACUUCUAGUUAAUGGAAGUUUUAACAUUUGCUGUUCGAGGCUCGGUGGGUGGUUGUUUUGUUUUAAAAAUUGCUUUGCGGUAGAAACCAUGUAUCAAGGAUCAGCCGCAAGUCACAGAGUAAGUGAUAGAUGAUAGUAUUUAAAGCUGGACCUACUAACUGUAACCCUUUGAAGUGUUCAAGACUCCCUGUGUAAGUAACAGCUGUCCUGUACCUUAACAAUAGAUGGCAGUAAAACACUGUAAAAGAACAUACAGAGAAAUUACUUGAUUUUUAUCUUGCUUGCAAGUUGCUCAUAUGAAAUAAAAAUGUCUGGACA